AUGGUUUGUUUAUGCAUUGUUCAUUUGUAUUAUGUACCCUCAAUCAGGGCAUUGUUGCAAAAGAGCCCUCUGCUCAGUCAAUUCUCCCUGAAUAAAUAAUGAUGAUGAUGUGUCUGUGAGAAUGUUAACGUUUAAUUCGGUGUUUAAGUUCCAUUUUAGAAUGUAUCCGUGUUGUUAGAAUGUUAGACGUUAGAAUGUAUCCUGCAUGUGUUAGCCUCCGUUUGCGUUUUUGUCCAUUCUUACCCACUGUGUUAUGUAAAGAUUUGACCCUGCUGGUGUUCCUUCUAUUCUCUUUCAGUUUACCUGAAUGUUGCAUUGCAAGACGCCAAAGAAAGCCUGACUCAUGCUCUAUUCGCAAACAAUAUGUUUUCCAAAGAUUCAGUUUAUGCUUCUGUCACGCAGGCUUGACUCAGAGCUUGAGCAACGUGAGGGGGAGGCCACUCGUAGUUAUAACUGAUAAAGUGCACUUUUUUUACGUAGAGAAAACAUCGGUAUUGUGGAGUGUAAUGCAGGUGUAUGUCUAGGGGGUUGUAUGCAAUCCACCUGUUAGGAAGGGACAGAAGAUAGGGAUAAAGUGGGCGGGAGCAGUGUAGACCCAGAAGAUUCCUAUUCAUUUUGAGCAGACAUGUCUGAAUUUGAGCAGCUGCUCAGUUUCUGUUAUGCUCUGUAGAUAUUAGUGCAAACAGCACAUCAUGAAUUUGCCAACGUGUAGGCCAACAUAUCGACACUUUUUGUGAGAGCCUUCAUUUUACUGGAUGUAGCCUAUUACAAAAUAGUAAAAUUUCAAUAUUAACCACACCUGUAAGUGUUAAGAUCACAAAGGUUUUUUUUUUUUUUUUUCAUAAAGCAUGCAAAACACAUGUUUACUUGUGCUAUACUCAAAUAACCCGCCAUUUUCUUUUCGUCGUUUCAUUGGUGAAUGCAGGCUCCUUGUAUUUUGUUACCGCAUAGGCACUGCAUAGGAGCUGACAAGGUGAAAGACUUGCGGCGUUCGACACGAGCAGUAUGAAGAAAUGGCUUCUUUGGAUAUGUAAACAUAAGUUUACACAUGCUUGGUAACCAACACAUUUGCAUCUUCGUAAACGUCCAUGUGAUAGUUUGAAAAUUGCUUUUAUGCAUCUCUGUUGUUUCCCUCAGGGUCAUUUAAACCGGUGCUCCAGCCGUAGGAACAGGAUUUUCAAUUUAAAACGAAUAAGCUUACAUGAAUCUACUGUUUAGAAAUGUGCGGAGUAUUACUUGAGGCUUUGUAAAUCCAACAAGGUAAAAAAAAAAAAAAAAAUGCAUUUCAAUUCAUUAUGUCUUUGUAACGCCACCUUUUCAUGACCUAACUGAUUCAGUUAACCAACCGUAGAGGUGCAAAUCUCUGGGGAAGAGGCCAUAGACAUGUAUACUAUGUCUAUGGGAAGAGGCUACGUUAGCUAUUAGCUAGCCAACAGUUUAGUGGUGGUAGAUUACUCCUAGCGUCAGCUGACAUGGUCAGCCAAGGUAGAAUAUUAUGCUGUCUUGCUAGCCACUGGCAUCUGUCAGUGACUCCGGCGCGAAUUUGUAUCUCGUUCCAAAUCACAGGUGCAAGAACAGCAGCGUUGUCGAUGUUUGUUUCAAAUUUAAAACCGAUGUGCGCCGCACGUGAGGUCCUGCUUGUUGGCGAAGGCAACUUUUCCUUCUCAGUUGCUCUGAUCGAAUCGUCCAUGGAUGAGCUGAAUGUAACAGCCACUUGCUUACAGUCAGAAGAUGUGUCAAUUCGGAUGGAUGGUACCCGAGAGAACAUACAGCGCCUACGCGAUUGUGGCUCAUCUGUGCUUUUUCAAGUGGACUGCACGUGUCUGAGUGAACAUGAAGCUCUCCAAAGUCACCUUUUUGACUGCAUUAUCUUCAACUUUCCCCACUUCGGUCGGAAAAGCGGAGUGAAAAAGAACCGUAGUCUCCUGGCUAAAUUUUUUCUCAGUUGUGUGCAGGUCUUAAAAGGUGGAGGAGAGAUUCACUUGACCUUGUGCAAUGGCCAGGGUGGUACUCCAGCUGAUAGUCCAAUGAGAGAGUGGCAUAACAGUUGGCAAGCUGUUGCCAUGGCAGCGGAGGCUGGCCUGAUCUUGAGUGAGGUCCAUCCUUUUGAUCAGACCAAGUACCAGGGCUAUAAAUGCACAGGUUACAGGAGCCAAGAUAAAGGUUUCCAUGUGGAAAGUGCUCUUAACCAUAUCUUCAAACGGAGUUAUCCAUAUACUACACCGGUAAAUUUAAAAAUGGAGGCAGCGUUGGCCAAAGAUAGAAUAUUAAUUGAACUUCCAGAAGAGCUAAGUGAUUAUGUAAACAGGUCUUUUCUUGACUCACAAUCCUGCCACCCCGUGAAAUUGGUGCAGGAGCAGCUUCUUAGGGAGCUGAAGUCAUCAUGGCCAGUGUACAGACUGACACAAAACUUUCCUGAACUGGUUUGUUGCACCCCAGAUCAACUGCACGCUUUUGGUUCAGAUUUUGCUACUGCCAACAUGUAUUGGGUGAGGCCCAUUGAAACCCAUGGUCAAGGUCCACACGAGGUAGACGAAGGUGAUGACCACCCAAGCUCCAAUACUAAGUAUGCGCUACAACCAUCUAUGCUAAUGCAUCUCUCAGAGAUCAUCCAACAUGAAGAUUUCUGCCCCGGGACUCUACAUGCCCUAAGUGGCUUGGUUUUCUGUCGGGCCCCUGUGUCCACCAGCACGUCUCCUGUCCAUCACCAGCUUCUUCUAGUUGGAGCUUUCCCCUCAGACUCUGAACCUUUAAAGGGUCUCCAUGGGUGUUUAGAUACACUGCUGUCUCCAUAUGGGGUCUUAUUUGUAGAGGACCAAGAGGACACCAAGAAAGUGUGGAUGAACUCAGAAAAACGUCCUAAAUUUGGAAGAUUAGCAUACGUGUCUGCACCAGAGUAUGAAUUUCAGGGUGUCAGACUGUCUGUGGUCACCAUAAACCUUGAUCACUUGGCUACUCUUGUCUUCAAUCUCUUCGAUUGGCGAUUGCUUUGGAGUCCUGAUCCCCGCUUCCUUCAGCACUUCUCUUCUAAACCCCUUGAACCUUUCUGCUGUUUCUCGCUGUACCCGCCAAGCUAUUCACAUGAUAUCAGCUUCUGGAUGGAACCAGACAGCUUUGACGAGCUUGACUUCCAUGCUGCGGUCCGUCAAGCGUCAGCAGGCACGGUGAGAGAAGUGGUCCUGGUAGACCGUUUCCGACAUCCACACAUGGGUCAUGCCAGCCUGUGUUACCGGUUGACCUAUCAGUCACCUGAUCGUGCUCUUUCGCACAGUCAAAUAAAGAACAUGCAAACUCAGUUGCGCAAGCUGAUUUCCCAAAAACUGCAGCUCACACUCAGGUAGAGAAAAAGCAGUCUAAGCUUACUUGAAGGUCAAUUGUCAACAAAGCACUAUAAUUGCAAACCAAAUCUGCCCUAAAUAUGUACUAUAAAUAUGUCUACAGGUAUUUCAUGUACAAUAAUGUGUGCACUGUCGACUGUUUGGUUUGUACUUUAAGUACCCUCAGAGUAUCAUAUAUUGCACGACUACUAAUAUCAAACAAAGCAGGACCACAUAGCCCAAAUGUGUUUUGGUGUAUGGAUAUUUACAUACAAAAUACAUGGCAGACUACUAUUUUAAUGACUGAAUGUUACAAGUUAGAAUAUACCAUAUUGUGUAUACCACAAAUGUUUUUUUUUUUUUUUUUGAGAUGUGUAAAUCUAACAGAUUAUAAAUUCCAAACUUGGACAAGCCAUAUUAGAGGUUCAGUUAAUGUGCUUAUCAUUUCAGUUUAUUGUGAAUAUGACUGACCUUUAAACAUGUUUACUGUGACAAUGUUGGUAAAUUAAUAAUGGUGCAUGCUACACACUCACCAAGAGGUGAUGUGUGUUUGUUUUGUUGAACUUUUUUUUAAGAAUGUGGCUAAACAUCAAAUUUGUUUUUAAUACGUUUGUUCAAUGAAAGACAUAUUUUCUAUUACUUCACGUAAGCCUUGUACCAGGCUGUCAGUAAUGGAUGUAUCGAAUGUAAAUGAAGGAGGUGGAAAAGAAGAUGUAAUUAUUUUUUGCUCAUCCCGUUACCUCAUGUGAUGUAAUAACAGACCAAUACAGAGCAUUGAGAUGGUCUAGGCUGCUAAUAUACAUGUGUAUUUAUUUUUUAUUUAAGGUGAACUAUUUUAAAUGUGGAAUGUAUUAUGAAGUUUUGGAAAUGUUAUUUAAAUUGAUUUUGAAGACUGAUUUAGUGUACAAUGAUAGAAUAAACUAUUUAUGAAUUAUUUUGA